AUGACUGUGGCAUUCCAUCUGAAAGCUGUUUUACAACAGAGUUCGUGCAGUUUAUAUACUAUAUUCUUUCACGGGACUCUUGUUUGCAUGUUGCUGUCCAAGAAGGCUGCAUGCUCAAAGCCAAAGCAAAGGCUGCACAACAUUUCCCGUCUACACAAGGAGUUUCUUCUCCUCUUGGUAGCAGUCGAUUAUAGCAAGGGAGAGAAGUUUCAGAGCUGUGCAAUGGCUGCAUUGUUGAGAUCCUUCGUUGUUCUCCUGCUUGUCGUCGUCGCGGUGGAAGCGCGCUCCUGGUCUCCGCUCUACGGCACCAACGCGGGUGUGGGAUUCAACGACACGAGUUCUUCCUCGGCGAUCAAAACGCUCACCGGAAUCCGCGUACACUACGGCUGGGUGAUCGACGGCAUCCAGGGACAAUACACCACCGGCAGCUCUUCAACCUGGAUGCCUAACCACGGCACAACCACGCAAUUCACAGAGAUCCAACUCGCCUAUCCGUCGGAGAGGUUCGUGCGCGCCACUGGCAAGUACGGGCCGUACAGCAGCGAGAAGAACCAGGGUGUCACGGUGACGGAGCUGUCGUUCGUCACGUACAACAACAUCACCGGCACGAGCGUCACGUACGGCCCGUACGGCGGGCAUGAGAUGAGCAGCCAGACGAGCUUCCAGACGGCGGACGCGAGCGAGAUCGUGGGCUUGUAUGGAUUCACCUCGGACUACAUGCGCGGAAUUGGUUUCGCGCUCGAGCCUGCCAAGAACUAGAAACUUGGAUAUAGAUGAUUAAUCAUCAUACCAUGAAUCUAUCUAUCUACCAACCAUUGCUAAUUUACAGUUGAACUUGAGAAUGUAGCCACUGUUUCAA